GAGUUUUCUUUCCCAUAAAGCAAAAGCUUACGUUUUAGUUUCCAUUAUAACUCUCUCUCUCUCUCUCUCUCUCUCUGUAAACGAAAAUGUUGCUGGUUGGGUAUGUGUGUUUCUGUGUGUGGCUUAUGAUAGGACAUAGAGCUAUGGCAGCAAGCGAGAGUACUGGUUCACAGGAAAGGGAGCUGGAUGAGACACCUACAUGGGCUGUUUCUGGUGUCUGUGCUGUUAUUAUCAUCAUUUCCAUUGUCUUAGAAAAGGUUAUCCAUAAACUUGGGACGUGGCUUACAGAAAAGCACAAGAAAGCUCUAUUUGAAGCUCUAGAGAAGAUUAAAGCAGAACUGAUGAUUCUAGGUUUCAUCUCACUGCUCCUGACAUUUGGGCAAAGUUACAUUGCCAGAAUCUGUCUUCCAGCAAAGGUUUUAAAUAAUAUGUUGCCAUGUAAAAGUGAGGGUGAAAGUGAAUCAACUACAAGUACUGAAGGAGAUGGUCGUCGUAGACUGUUAUGGUUAGACCGCAGAUUUUUAGCUGCUGGUAGCUACGCUCCUAGUUGCAAGGAAGGUUAUGCACCGCUUAUAUCUGUCAAUGGACUGCAUCAGUUGCACAUCCUCAUAUUUUUCUUAGCAUUCUUUCACGUGCUGUAUAGUUUUAUCACAAUGAUGCUUGGAAGACUAAAGAUUCGUGGCUGGAAGAAUUGGGAGGAGGAAACCUCAUCCCAUAACUAUGAGUUUUCAAAUGAUCCUUCAAGAUUCAGGCUUACUCAUGAGACCUCAUUUGUUAGAGCACACACCAGUUUCUGGACAAGGAUUCCUUUCUUCUUUUAUGUGGGAUGCUUCUUUCGACAAUUUUUUAAGUCUGUUAGUAAGUCUGACUACUUAACCUUGCGCAAUGCAUUCAUCACUGUCCACUUGGCUCCUGGAAGUAAAUUUAACUUCCAAAAGUAUAUCAAAAGAUCUUUGGAGGAUGACUUCAAGGCAGUCGUUGGAGUAAGUCCAGUAUUGUGGACGUCAUUCGUGGUUUUUUUGCUAUUAAACGUUAACGGAUGGCAGGCAUUGUUUUGGGCGUCCAUAAUCCCUGUGAUUAUAAUCUUAGCUGUUGGAACAAAACUUCAAGCCAUUUUGACAAAGAUGGCUCUUGAAAUCACAGAAAGGCAUGCAGUAGUCCAAGGGAUUCCACUUGUGCAAGUCUCAGACAAAUACUUUUGGUUUGGUCGGCCUCAGUUAAUUCUUCAUCUUAUCCAUUUUGCUUUGUUUCAGAAUGCAUUCCAAAUAACAUAUUUCUUGUGGAUAUGGUACGAGUAUGGGUUGACAUCUUGCUUCCAUUCGAAUUUCAAGCUUGCUAUUAUAAAACUUGCUUUAGGGGUUGCAGUCCUAUGUCUCUGCAGCUACAUCACACUUCCGCUUUAUGCCCUUGUUACUCAGAUGGGUUCACACAUGAAGAAAUCAAUUUUUGAUGAACAAACAUCCAAGGCCCUCAAGAAGUGGCACAUGGCUGUGAAAAAGAAACAUGGCGGGCGAGGAGGAAAGUCCUCUACUCAUACUCUAGGUGGAAGCCCUUCCUCAACAGUGCACUCCUCUGGACAAACAUUGCACCGCUUCAAAACUACUGGACACUCAACCCGCUCCACCUAUGAUGAUAAUGAAAUCUCUGAUUAUGAAACUGAUCCUUUGUCUCCCACCUCAUCUGCGGCCAACUUGAUUAUAAGAGUUGAUGAUGAUGAGCAACCAACUCAAAUAAGUGAACCUCACCAUGGAGAAGAAACAAGCAAUGAAGAUGACUUUUCAUUUGUCAAACCUGAGCCACUGAAAUAAACGUGAGUAAGGUAUUGACAGUUGCUAUCCAGUUGCAUCAAUUUUGUUGUAUGUAUUGUGAGAAAACAUUGAAGUUAUUGAAAUGCAGCCAGUGAAAUAGAGAAUCAUUUUUUGUAUAAUAAUAAACAUAUAAAAAUAGAGAAGCAUUUUUUGUAGAUUUAUAGGCUUGUUUAUAAAUUUAAUAGGAGUUUAAAACAACAUUUUCCACCUUGUUCUGGCCAGUUAAUUUUUUAGAUAGAAUGCCCAUUUUACAUUGCAUGUUGCUUAUAUCACAUUCCAGUAUUCCAUGCUUGAUUUAGUUUAAUUUUCC